CUCGACGAUUCAACUCUCCGGCUCGACACACCCUAGGCACUCCCAAAAUGUCAUAUCAGCAGCCCACACAUGUCCUCGUCACCGGCUCCACGGGCUUCAUUGGCGCCCAUGUCGUUGACAACCUCCUAGCUCGCGGCAUUUCAGUCCGUGGUGCCACGCGAUCGGCCAAAAAGGGGGAGCAAAUGAAGGCAGCUCGUCCGCAAUAUGCCUCAAAACUGGAUUUCGUUGUGGUGGAGGAUUUUACCAACAUUGGUGUUUUCGAUGCCGCGAUGGAGGGCAUUGAUGCUGUGAUUCAUGUUGCCAGUCCGUUCUUCUAUAAUACCACCAACAACGAGCAGGAACUCAUCCUACCUGCGAUAAACGGUGUCAAGUCUAUUCUGUCCGCCUCAGCCAAACCAGGGAGUCAAGUCCGGCGUAUCGUGUUAACAUCUUCUUUCGCAUCGGUCGUUGAUAUCGACAGCAACCCUUCUGUCGGUUUCAUCUACACCGGUGCUCACUGGAACCCCCUCACGUAUGAAACGGCAAUUGACCCCAAAUCCACCUCCGUCGUCGCAUACCGCGGAUCCAAAAAGUUCGCAGAGCUUGCUGCAUGGGAUUUCGUCAAAAAUGAAAAGCCCCAAUUCGACCUCGUUGCUCUCUGCCCUCCGAUGGUCUUUGGUCCAGUUGUUCACCCGGUUCCCAAUGUUGAUCAACUGAAUGAGUCCAAUGCGAUUCUUUGGAGUGUAGCUGCGGGCGUUGACCCCCUUCCCGGAAUCCGUGUGCCAGCUUGGAUCGAUGCUCGAGAUCUUGCCGAGGUGCACGUUCAGGCCCUGCUAAGAUCUGAGGCUGGUGGAAAGAGGUUUAUCCCUGCGUCUCCUGAGCCCUUCUCGUAUGAAUACGCAGCAGAUAUUAUGAAAGAGAGUUUUGACUGGGCGAAGGAAUCGGUGACGAGCAACUACAAGACUGGGGAGACGCCACAUGCCUCUUAUGGCGUUGAUGGGGAGACGGUUGCCCGAGAGCUUGGGGUGAAAUAUCACAGUUUCAAAGACACGGUAGUAGACUUUGUCAAGCAAGUCAAGGAGACUCUUGCUUAA